GAUCCAGCUGACUUGCCGUGGCCUCUCGGGAUCUUGGGAACCCCAUUUUUGGGCCCCGCCCGGUGGCCCCACCCUCCCAAGGAGGGAAAAGGCGGCUGCCAAUGUCUCAACUCAGGCACUGGGACCUGGAGCUUGGAGGGCCAAGAGGACUGGCUGCUGCCACUGCCACACAACCCUUGCAGGCUGGGCCAUGGACCCCCACGAGAUGGUUGUCAAGAACCCCUACGCCCACAUCAGCAUCCCCCGGGCUCACCUGCGGCCUGAGCUGGGGCAGCAGUUAGAGAUGGUUCCCUCCUCCUCCUCCUCCUCCUCAGAGACACAGCCUCUGCCCAUGGGGCCCUGCGCCCCUGAGCCAGCCCACCUCCUGCAGCCCGCCGAGGUCCCAGAGCCCAAGGGUGCCAAGGGUGGUGCCAAGGGUGGCGCCAAGGGGGCUGCCCCUGGCCAGAGCCAGCAGCCCUGCAACCCCUCCAGCUGCGGGCAGCGCCCACCGGGACUGACCUAUUCGGGCCUGCCGCCCGUGGGGCGCGGCGAUGACAUCGCUCACCACUGCUGCUGCUGCCCCUGCUGCCGCUGCUGCCACUGCCCCCGUUUCUGCCGCUGCCACAACCGCUGCUGCGUUGUCUCCUAGCCCCGCCAGGGCCAGGACCCAGCCUCUGCUCCCGCCCAGGCAGGGCCCAGAUGUGCAGGUGGCUGCGGUCAGAGGCAUGAGCCUCUUCCAGCCUGGGACCAGCACCUCUCGUGGGCCAGGAAGGCUGCCGGCUCAGACCGGGUCCUUGAGAGGGAGUCCCGGGCACUGGCCGUGAUGGGACACCCUUGACCACCUUCAGGCCAAUAAAGCAGGGUGAGCUUUGUC